UGACCUCUCAAGCCCUAAUUCUUCAACCUCGCAGCAGCUUUUUUUUUUUUUGGGACCUCAAUAGCAGUCGCCUCCUCUUCCUCUGGAUACUUCUUACUAAGCAGGUGCAAUCAGAGACCAUGGCGUGCAAUUCCUCAAGUUGCAACUCCAAUUGUUACAAAAACGACGACGAACAACAGCAACACUCGCCGCCGCCGUCACCACCACGAAUAACAACUCAACGUUCAAGCAAUAACGGACACUAUAGCCUAUGCAUAAAGUGCAAAGCCAACCAGCCCAUUUCUACUACUAGUAGUAGCAGUGUUGAUGAAAUGCGUUUCUGUGCAGAUUGCUUUAGAAGCAACAUAUAUGGAAAGUUUAGAGUUGCAGUUACUUCUCAUGCAAUGAUUACACCUUCCGAUAAUGUCCUUGUCGCUUUCUCCGGCGGCCCUUCCUCCAGGGUGGCUCUACAGUUUGUACACGACAUGCAACUAAGAGCGCAGAAGAAUUUUGAUGCGAGUAAGGACAGAUCACUGCCGGUGUUUGGUGUUGGAGUUGCAUUUAUUGACGAGAGAGCUGUUUAUCAACUUCCUUCUGAGAAACUCGAUGAUGCUAUCAGAGAAAUGAACUUGGUUGUCUCAAGUUUGGCACCACCCACAAAGCGGUUACAUAUUGUUCCAAUUGAAAAUGUCUAUUCUCCGGAUUCAAUUGAUGGGAAGGACAGGUUGAUGGAGUUACUAAAUCAUGUUAAUGAUGCUACUGGGAAAGAAGAUCUUUUACUGCAUCUGCGAAUGUUGGCCUUGCAAAAGGUUGCUUCUGAAAAUGGAUACAACAGACUUGUUUUAGGAUCAUGCACAUCAAGGAUUGCUUGCCAUGUCCUUUCAGCAACAGUCAAGGGCCAAGGAUAUUCCUUAUCAGCAGAUAUACAGUAUGUUGAUUCGAGGUGGGAGGUCCCAUUAGUGCUUCCACUUCGUGACUGCACUGCACAGGAGCUGAGCUUGAUGUGCCGUAUUGAUGGUCUAAAGACUAUGGAGUUACUUAAUUAUCCUCUUACUGGCAUCUAUGGUUUGGUAUCUUCAUUUGUGACUCUGUUGCAGGAAGAAAAUCCUUCCCGAGAGUCCACAAUUGUGCGAACAGCUGGAAAGCUUACUCCAUUCCAUUUCAAUAGGAUCCCUGAAAUUAAUGAUUGUAAUGUUCCAUUGGCUACUCGAAGGCGCCAGAAGAGAUACAAUAUUAAGCCUGUAGAAUCUAUUUCCUCGGAAUUAUUCUGUCCUAUCUGCAAUAGCCCUCUCAACGAUUCUGAAAUAUCGAGAUUGAACAGUCCCAAAAGUUGCCAAAGUUCAAGUUUCCGUGAUGCCUGUUGUUCAAGUUGCAACUUUCAGAUACUUCCCAAGGACCCCUCAUUAAUGGAGCAUUUCUAUUUGUCUUUACCCCAGCAUUUAGUUACUCGAGCAAAGCGUGGUAGUUCUGACAACCUGAGUUUGCUAAGGGAGCAAAUUCAAGAUUGCUUGCUUUCAGAUGGUGAAGAUUAAACUUGAAUUCACUUUCUAGAAUUCAGGAUGUUCUCUUUUUGCUUAACAUCACUUGUUACUUUGUUUGGGUUCUGUUCUCUGUUCUAAGGAGACAGCUUAGACUUCCUGAAAUUGUUCCUUCUGCGAGAAAACCUCAGAGUGCUUAAUUAAUUUUUUUUUUUUUGUUAGAUCUCUCCAAUUUACUUUACUCAUUGAUGUAAGAAGUUCUAUAUAUUUUCUGUGAUUACAUAUAUACACCAUUCAUUUUCCCAGA